CGCUGCACAAUAUUGACACAAAAACAAGGCUAAUUCAACGCUAAUAGUGAAUCGUUUCAACUUGAUCCGUCCCUACUUGCAAAGAAAUAUGACAACAGCAACAUCGAACCAGGCACCCGUGUUUUUCUUUGAUUGUGACAAUUGUCUCUAUCACAAGAAUCUCGGUAUUCUCACCAUGAUGAGAGAAAGAAUUGUCAAGUACAUCAAAGAUCUCGGUAUCCCUGAGGAGGAUGCCAUUGUUUUACGUAAUCGCUACCACUUGGAUUACGGUCUUGCUCUUCGAGGUUUACUGAAACAUCACCAGGUGGAUCCCAUUGACUAUGACGAGAAAGUGGAUCAAAGCUUGCCUUUGGAAAGCGUGAUGAAACCUGAUCCGGCCCUUAAGGAUAUGCUGAGCAAAUUAAAGAUGAAGAAGUGGGUGUUUACCAAUGCCUAUCAACCUCAUGCUACUCGUGUGCUCAAUAUCUUGGGCAUUGCCGAUGAAUUUGAUGGCAUGACCUUUUGCGACUACCGUAUUCCCAACUUUGAUUGCAAACCCGAGGUUUCCUUUUACCAUAAAGCAAUGGCCCAUGCAGGUAUCAGCGACCCCACUCUGUGCUACCUGGUAGACGAUUCCGCUGCCAACAUUGACGCCGCCAAGCAACUUGGAUGGAAAACGGUGCACUUGGCCGAUGACGCAUCACAGUCCCAUCAUGGAGACUAUCAAAUUGAGGAUAUCCACGAGUUACCCAAUGUAUUACCAGAGUUGUGGAAGUGAUUUCAAUGAUAGAGACGAAUUGUAAAUUGGCAGUAUAUUUGGUUUUUCUUGGUAGAAUGCAAUAACAUGUUGAAAAAUGCAAUGAGUCUUCCUUUUCUUUUUUUUUUUCGUCAUACAACUGUUUUUUUUUAAUCUACCAAGAACCAGG